AUAAACCCCUCACUGUAAGUGACUAAUUUGUUAUUGCCUUCCGUUUGAAGUAAUAACUGAUUAGAAACACCUCAAGGAAGAGGGUAAGGAAGGAUACACUUCAGGAAUUUGAAUUCCUGAUAUCCAAUGGGAAUCCUGUGACAAAUGCACUGCUAUACCAAAGAAGAAAAAUAAAUUCACUGCGAUGGUAUUUCAAUUGAUUCUCAGAGGUUACAUUUACACUUAUCCCAUGUCUUAUAUUGUUCCACUAAUUGGCCUUUUGACCAAUCAGAUCAGCUCUGAAAAAAGCUGAUGUGAAAAGCUCCCAAUGGAUUGGUCAAAAGACCAGUAAGUGGAGAAAAUUGGGCUGCCUGUAUAAACACAGCCAAAGGGCUUGCAGUUUGGCUAGGCACUGAUGAUGGCUCCUUGUGCAGUUGAUAAACUUGAUUUCCUUGACUUUCAGAUWGACCCAGAGGAUCCCUUUCUCCUGGUACCUGAUAAGAUGAAAUCCCAGAUGGAUUUAGAGACUGCGUUGCAGGAUAGUGCCAAAGCCCUUGACCUCUUCCUCAACAACCGGUUCUCUGACGCCUUGGAUCUCCUCAGACCCUGGAGGAGCCAGAGUAUGUACCACGCUGUGGGCUACAGCAGCAUGCUGGCCAUGCAGGCAGGCAUGACCUUUGAACCGAAGGAUGUUGAAAAGGCCAUGACUGCUCUGAAGGAGUCUCUGCAGACGUGCCAGAUGUUCCGGAAGAAGACUACCAUGGUGGAGGCCAUCACUGACAUGUUUUACAAGCAGCCAGCUGACGACUUAACUGAAGAGGAGAUGCAUGCGGAGUUGUGCUAUGCUGAGGCGCUAUUGCAGAAGGCUACACUCACUUUUCUGGACGAGAGCAUGAUCAGCUUCAUCAAAGGAGGCAUCAAGAUCCGCAACAGCUUUCUGAUCUACAAGGAAUGUGAUGAUAUGUCAACCAUGGCAAAGAACCAGUCUGACCAGAUGAGCACACAAGCUCACUUCAGGAGCGGUGUGAACAUGGGCAUUGGUUCAUUUAACUUGUAUUUGUCUCUCUUGCCGAGCAAGGUCCUCAGACUACUGGAGUGGAUGGGUUUCUCUGGAGACCGGGAAGUGGGUCUGUCCCAGCUGAGGGAGGGGGCAGCCAGCAACAGCCUGCGCUCCAUCCUCAGCACUCUGUGCCUCCUGAUGUACCACCUCUACAUCAGCGUCAUACUGG